GAGCGUACGUGAACGUCAUGAGGAAGUAACUUCUAUUUUUAGCUCGUUUUUUUAUGAUUACCAUGAUAGAGUUUGUCGAUACGGUGGCGUGAAUCUAUUCGUAUUUUCUUAAAUUACUUUGGCAUCGUCAUUCCUCAACUUCGAUUAGUGUGGAAAACUUUGCAAAACGUAGUACUUGCAGUUGCACCUACCUACAAACACCGACAACACCAGACCAGACGCCGGAUCGUGUGUGAUGUUUGCGGUUAAGUUGCAGCGUUCGCUCUACGUUCCGUGAACGGCUGAAAGGAACAACGACGGAAGAACAACGCGCCACGACGCGGCGAUGCACCUUCCCCGUGUCCCCUUCUCCCACGUUCUCGCCUUCGCUGCAGGAACUCUCCUGGGAUUCGCGAUCGUGUUCCACGCCGGCACUUCCAAGCGUGCGUCCGGAACGACGAGAUCCGACGGCGUUCCCUCGGGAACGAACAAUGCUGGAACAAGGACGAUGAACAACGACCGAACGAACAACGGCGGAACAACGACGACGAACAUCAACGAAACGAACGGCGAACCGCGGAUCUUCUGCCUCGUGCUGACGAGCCCGGAGAACGUGCGCGCGCGGGCCGUUCACGCUCGCGACACGUGGACGCGCCGCUGUGACGGCCGAGCCUUCUACAGCUCCUCCCCCGACCCUUCCCUCCCCGCCGUCCCCCUCCCCGUCGCCGACGGCUGGGAGAACCUCUGGGCGAAGACGAACGCCGCGUUCCGCGAUGCGCACCGUCGCCGCGGCGGCGCCGCCGACUGGUUCCUCAAGACGGACGACGACACGUACGUCGUCGUCGACAACCUCCGGCGUCUGCUGCGCGGUCGCCGCGGCGACGAAUACGUCGGGCGUCACUUUGCGGCGGCGGGGGACGUCGAGCAGGGGUACAUGAGCGGCGGCGCCGGCUACGCGCUGAGCGCGGGGGCGCUGGGGAGGUUUGCGCGCGAGGGCGCCGCCGCGUGUCUCCGCGCGGACACCCCGGCGAACGAGGACGUCGAGAUGGGGCGCUGCAUGGAGCGACUAGGCGUCGCGGCGGCGGACUCCCGCGACGAGCGCGCGCGCGAGACCUUCUUCCCGUUCGCGCCGGAAUUCCACGUGGCGUCGCGUCGCGCGGCGUCCCGCCACCCGGAGUUCUGGUUCUGGAACAACCGGACGUACUACCCGCUCGUCGAGGGAGCGGAGGGCAUGAGCGAGGCGGCGGUGUCGUUCCACUACGUGAAGCCGAACAGGAUGUAUCUGCUCGACUAUCUCAUCUACAAGCUGCAGGUUCACGGGCUGAGCAGAGACGACGCGACGUGACGAAGAGAUCUAGAGACGGAGAAAUGUGAGAGAGAUGAUCAAAUGGAUCAAAUGUGAAGGCUAGAGGAAAUGCAUGCCCAACUCUGUAGCUGAAAGGAAAAAGCUCGUCAGAGACGACGCGAAUGGAGUGAGCAGAGACGACGCGAGAUGACGGAGAGAGAGAGACGAGGAAAUGAGAUGGAGAUAGACGAGAGUAAGGGCAUGCUUAGCUCUGUAGCAUAAGCUUGUCGAUCUGGAUAAGGAUCCGUGUCCUGUAGAAACAGUGAAAGCCUCUGCUUCAAUUGACUACGUCACGAAUUUUCUAUGGUGUAUAUUUGUAAAAAUUUUGUUGCCAUUUUUUUACAUUAAAAGU